AGCUUCGUCUGCUCUUCAUUUAUAUUCAUUUAUAUAUGUUGUCAAAAAGUCCAACUUAUUACUUAACUACCCUUAAAGAUUAAGACCAAGUAAAUAUUAGAGACUAAAAGGAAAACAAUCUUAAGCAAUGUCGUUACCUUUUCCGAUACCCUCAUCUCUUGCCGAGGGAUUCUCCAUGUCCUAUUGCACAGCUGCCGAUGUGGAUAUCAUUGCAGAUAUAUACUACGAUGCGUUUGCGACUGACAAACGCAACGCCUUCUGGUGGCCGCCAAAUAAGGAGGACAUGUUUACUUGGAUGAAGCGCCGCAUCCGCCGCAAGUUGGAUGACCGAAGCGUCCGACACUUCAAAAUUACGGACGACCAGAGCGGUGACGUAGUUGCAUUCGCUAGAUGGGACAUUCCCGAAGGCUACGAGAAAGCCUUUGGGGAAUCGAUCAGAGAUACUAAGGAGGCUACCGUGGAUACCUCCCAGAUCGUUACAGCGGGAGACGUUACGGGGGAGAACCCGCCAGUCGAAGCUAUUAACCCCCCUAUUGAAGAUUACCCAAAAGGUAGCCGGCCAGAGCUAUGCCAGGUUUUCUUUGAUGCGCUGAAAGUUGCCUCGGAUAAACAUAAUGCGGAUGAGAUGCUGGGUCUAUCACUUUUAUGCACAUCACCUAAAUAUUACCGGAGAGGAGCCGCGAAAGCGCUGUUACUGCCCAUGCUGGCUAUCGCCGAUGCUCAUGGCCUCAAGUCCUAUCUAGAGGCUACGCCUAACGGUAAAGGAGUGUACGAGAAACUGGGCUUUCGAGAAGUGGAUCGGUUAACUUUUGACCUUAAAGAGUUAACUGGGGAGGAGUAUGACGAUCCAUACCAAAUCACCGUCAUGAUACGGGAACCGAGAUCGACAUGAUAGUAUAUAGGAAAGGGAUUACUUGCUCUUAGCCUAAGCUUCAAGUUAGGCCUCGUGUGUCUUAGGUACCUGAUAGGUAGACAUCCGUAAAUAUUAAAAGCGACUAACCUCGACUAAAGGCACUGGGAAGUAAAUAUAGAACAGCUGCUCGCCAAAUCAGGGAUGUUGCGGGCGGUGCCGUAAAGCAGAAUGUUGGUCUACUAUCCGGAGACGAUGUGAUCAACAACUACCUAAAGUACCUAAAUUAUAUGGUAUGAAAUAAGCUUAAACCGCUGUCGGAGCAUUCACCAAGUUUGUAUAUAUUUAAAUAUUAC